UGAUGUUCAAGAACUCAUUCCAAAGUGGAUUUCUUUCAAUUUUAUAUUCAAUAGGAUCAAAGCCAUUGUAGAUUUGGGACAAAUAAAGUAUUUUAUAGCUCAAUUAUUUCAGUUAAGAAUGGUCAUAUCAAGCGAAUUACAGAUUAAGAUAUUUAAUCAUCAGUUUUAGAAAUCAUGGGUACAAAUGUAAGUACUAAUUUCAUUACGGCUCCUGCUGAUCCAAAAGAAACUUUGGGAAUCAAAUUACCAUUCUUAGUAAUGAUCAUUAAGAAUGUAAAAUUAUCAUAUUUAAAAUCUAGCUUAAAAAAUAUUUUACAUUUGAAGUACAAGUCUUGGAUGAUAAGAAUGUUAGAAGAAGAUUUAGAGCUUCUAAUUAUUAAGUAUAUCUUAAAUAAAAAUUAUUAGUCGACAACUAGAGUGAAACCAUUUAUCUGUACUAUGCCUAUGAGACUGGAUGAAGGAUGGAAUUAAAUUCAGUUCAAUUUAUCUGAUUUCACUAGAAGAGCAUAUGGUACAAAUUACAUAGAGACAUUACGGUACAUAUAAAUGCAAUAAUAUUAGAGUUUAAAUACAUGCAAAUUGCAGAAUUAGAAGAAUCUAUUUCAGUGAUCGUUUAUAUAGUGAAGAGGAAUUGCCUCCUGAAUUUAAAUUAUUUUUACCCAUCUAAAAACAAGGAUGA